AAACUUCCUGCAAAUAUACCGCCGUCGUCGUGUGCGUGUGUCUGUGUGGUGUGUCUGUAUUUACAUGUGUAAUCAUUUCAUGUCAAUGUUAUGUCUUUUCAAAUGUGAUUGUCUGGCAGUUCAUUUUAAUAAAUGAGUCCUAGAGGCCUGCCUUUCUUGAAGGAAGUUCUGAAGACUAUAAGGUCGAACAAAAAAUCGAACAUGCCGUACUAUGCCGUAGCGAGAGGUAGACAAGUUGGUGUAUUCCAGUCCUGGAAUAGCUGUCAAGAGAUGAUUUCCAACUUUAAGGGAGCUAAGUACAAAAAAUUUGAAUCUCAAGAUGAUGCCUGGGAUUUUGUGAAGCAAUUCCGGUACAAGUCUGUAAAGCCUUCAGACCGAGAAGAAGAAGAAGCACCUAUCGCAAAGCAAAUGAAGGUGGAAACAUCAAAUGCGGAGGGAACUGACAAACCAUCAAACAGUACAUUUGACUUUGCAGCUUUCAAUGUUCGGCUCACAAAUUUAGAAAAUUCAUAUCAAGAAAAGAUACGGUCAUUAGAAGAGAGGCUCAGGGCCCUAGAAAAUGAUCGAUCAGGGGAAGGCAAUAAAGAUGGAAGUCAGACUGAAGGAAAAAAAGGAUCAUCUGAUCCAUCAUCUGUUGCUGGACAUUCAAAGAUGAGUGCUAGCAAACGAAAAUUACUUGAAUCUGCAAGUGAUAUUAUUAAGCCAAGGCAAUACUCAACAUCUGCUUUGAAACGGAUGAAACCCUCUGAAGUAGAGCUCUGUGAAGAAAUGGACUUAGUCUCGGGAAGCAGCUCUAGUGAUGUCCCAUUUAAAGUGGACGCUGAGGAUUAUGUAAUGGUGUACACAGAUGGAGCUUGUUCUAAAAAUGGUGCUGGCUUGGAAACUGCUAAAGCAGGAAUAGGAGUUUGGUUUAAUGAUGGCCAUCCUUUGAAUGUGUCAGCACCAGUGAAAGGCCGUGCUACAAACAAUGUUGCAGAGUUCCAAGCUGCAAUAGCUGCUGCAGAGAUGGCUGCUGGAUCCGGUAUAUCAAAGUUGUGUAUUGUAACUGACUCUCAGUUUGUCAUAAACUGCAUGACUUCAUGGAUUAAGUCAUGGAAGAAAAACGACUGGAAGACUGGUAAAGGAGAGCCAGUUAUAAAUAAGCAAGAGGUUUUAGAAUUGGAAAAAGCUUGCAAAGCUUUGGAUGAUGUAAAAUGGUUGCAUGUUAGGGGACAUCAGGGAGUCCAUGGCAAUGAACAGGCUGACUUACUUGCAAGAAAUGGAGCUGAACGGUAUAUCUUUGACACUCAUGGAGCUCACACAGUUUGAUAAACUCCUUGACAUCUGGGUAAAAUUUGUUAAAUUUUGUUAUAGGUAAUUUAUGUAAUAAACUCUUUAAAAGCUACAGUAGGUAA